AGUCGCAUCUCACACACACUCACACAGAGGGGUUCAGAGACCGAGAUGUGGCGGAUAGUGGAGCUCGUGGCGUGUUUACUUAUGAUGUCAAGUCACGUAUCAUCUCUGAACAAGAUCUUCGGGGAGGAACAAGUCCGCAUGACAUCAGAGGGAUCCGACUGCCGCUGUAAGUGCAUCAUGCGGCCUUUGACCCGGGACGCAUGUGCUCGCCUGCGGACAGGAAGUGUGCGCGUGGAGGAUUUUUACACGGUGGAGACGGUGAGUUCCGGGGCCGACUGUAAAUGUACCUGCACGGCUCCACCCUCCUCUCUCAACCCCUGCGAGAACGAAUGGAAGAUGGAAAAACUCAAGAAACAGGCACCAGAGCUGCUCAAAUUGCAGUCCAUGGUGGACCUUCUGGAAGGAACUCUCUUCAGCAUGGACCUUCUCAAAGUUCACUCGUACAUCAAUAAGGUGGUGUCUCAAAUGAAUAACCUGGAGGAGAUGAUAAAGAUGAACCUCUCUCGGGAGAAUGACUUUGUGAGAGACAGUGUGGCGACUCUGACAAACCAACUACGGCAGUAUGAGAACCAUUCUGACAUCAUGAUGAGCAUAAAGAAGGAACUGUCCAAUCUGGGCCUUCAGCUGCUCCAGAAAGACUCCACCGGCUCGGGCCCUAAAAGCAAAGCACAGGACACACUGGGGACAAAUAUCAAAGAUGCUUCAAAAUUUCCAGCAAAGAAACCAGAAAAAGGAAAACCUCCACCAAAGCCAGUGAAGGAAAAGCCAGUCAAGCUGAAGAAAGAGACCACAAAACCUAACAAACCCGGUAAACCAGAGCAAACAGAACUGCCCAGUAAAACCAAACCAUUACAGAACCAGCCAGGACUCAUCCGGGGAAUCACAUACUACAAAGCCACUAAAACGGAUGAGACAGGCAACCAAAAAGGUGAAGAGAGACCUGAUGAAACAGACAUGUUGCUUGAGGUAGAGGUAGAGGAAAAAGAAAGUACCAUAUUUUCUGAUACCUUAGCAACAGAGACAACCCCGGCAACCGUGCCCACGACAACAACUACAACAACAACCACUCCUCCCACAACAACAACAACAACAAGCCAGAUUCCGACAACAACUAGCAGAACAUUAUACAGAGAGGAGCGACCGGCUCCAACCAUUGCACUAGUGCUGGACAACACCAGCAAUAACUCAUACAUCACAGUUAAAGAGCACAGCUGUGAAGGGACGCUGGCCUCGGUCGAUCUACCGGUCAAACAGCACAGUUACGGUAGAAAUGAGGGCGCAUGGAUGAAGGACCCCGUCGCCAGGGACUCCAAAAUCUACGUCACCAACUAUUACUAUGGCAACAACCUUGUGGAGUUCCGGAACUUGGACAACUUUAAACAGGGCCGUUGGAGUAACUUGUACAAGCUACCUUAUAACUGGAUCGGGACGGGUCAUGUGGUGUACAGAGGAGGGUUUUACUAUAACCGUGCCUUCACCAAGAACAUCAUCAAAUAUGACCUCAAGCAACGGUUUGUAGCCGCCUGGGCUCAGCUCCAUGACGUCGUCUACGAAGACACCACACCUUGGAAGUGGAAAGGCCACUCUGAUAUCGACUUCGCCGUGGACGAGAACGGACUUUGGGUCAUUUACCCGUCUGUUGACGAUGACUACGGUCAGACCGAGGUCAUUGUAGUCAGUAGACUAGAUCCCGGUGACCUGUCUGUCAAAAAAGAGAGCACAUGGAGGACGAGACUGCGGCGAAAUUCAUUCGGGAACUGCUUCAUAAUAUGUGGCGUCCUGUAUGCGGUGGACAUUUACAAUCAGAGGGAAGGGGAGGUUUCAUAUGCAUAUGAUACGCUCACAGGGGCCGAGGCUUCUCCACGUUUACCUUUCAUUAAUGAAUACGGGUUCACCACACAAGUCGAUUACAACCCGAAAGAGAAAGUUCUGUAUGCCUGGGACAGUGGACACCAGCUCACCUACAACAUCAACUUUGCAGAGCAGGAAAGGAAAUGAAACCAGACUUUAUCAAUCUUAUCUACUCGAAGCAAUGGCCUUUUCCGGUGUAUCUGAUUGUAACGGUCUCAUUGAUUCCACUGACAACCGCUCUCUUGAAACGGUUCAUCGGGUCCUCAUGAACUUUAAUAGCCAUUUGUUAGAGAUUAUAUAGCAAAGGGAUUGCAUAACCGUUGCUCUAGAACUCAAUGCAAGAUCUAGAAUCCCAACUAAUGAAAUCUAAAGGCCCUUUCAGAUGAUUCACAUUGAGCUCCAGGGAACAAAGCUAUUCCACUGACAUUCUGAAGCAUGAUUACUGCAAAAUUUGUAUGACGUUCCUUCUUUUUUGCGACUUAACCUAAGAACAGGACAGGGUUUCAUAAGCCCCUUUCACACUGCAUGUCAGACCCGGCAAAUUGCCGGAACAUUGCCGGGUCACCUUUUGUGUGAAAGCAAACACUUCCGGGAUUGAUUCCGGCAUUGAACCCGGGUCGGGGACCUAGUAACAUUGCCGGGUUCGACCCGGGACGAGCGCUGUGUGAACAAAAGCCAGAUCUAACGCCGUGUCGAAGUGAUGACGCACCUUAUGGCGCGACUCUUUUACCGGCUGUUUUGAAGGAAGAUCAACGUUCGCAACGAAAAAAUUUGUGCAAACUGUAAUCAAGCAGAGAUCAGUUAGUUACUCACUUUCCGUGCCAAGAUCGUUCGCUUGCUUCAGUGAAAGUAUAACGUGCCUAGCGUUUUCGACUCGUACAUUACACAUUCACGCCCUGAUGGCACGUGUCGUUACGAACAAUUGCCCAGAACACUUUACCCAUGUAUUUGCCGGAAUGGCAGUGUGAAUGGGGCUUUAUUAGCACAUAACACUUGUCCUGAAGUCCAAUACAAUAUCUAAUACAAUUCAUGUGAAAGGUUCUAAAGAGUUCACAAUUGACCCUUCGCAAAGACCCGCCCCUUUUAGUUAUUGUUGCUACGUCCGACAAGCCACGGCGCUCUCACGCCACAAAUCAUAUUCUCACGCAGUGGAAAAUACAUCACGGAGCAAAGAGGACACUAACAAAGUCUGAGCAUUCAAAUUUUGUCUGUCCGUUUUGUGGCUCUUUAAUGUCUCAUGAGAGAUCGCUGUAGCGCCUCAGUUCAAGCGGCACACGAAUUGAUCAUCUCUUUCUCUUUUUACUAGUAAUAGCAUGAAAUAAACAUGAAUGAAAAUCAGAAGAUACCUUGUUUCAACUUUGGAAAAAUGUCAACACACACCAUUUUUCAAGCCAACAUUAAUCUACUCUCCUGACUGCUUAGUUUGUCUGACAAAAAUGGCAGAUUCUGCUUCUAGAAAUUUAAGUUAAUUUUAAUAUCUGUUAAAAAGCCCUUACAAAUGUUUACAUAAUUUACACCGUCCUAACCAGGUAUGCUGCAAUAAAGCAACAAACAUUAAAAAUAAAGAUGUUGUAUAUAAUACAUUUAUUUAAUUAAUAAAGAAUAAUAAAUAAAAUGUAAAAAUUAAAUAAUACAAUGCAAGUAAAUAAAUAGAAUUUUGAAGAAAAAAAAAAUCUAAUAAUCUCAAAACUCUAUAACUUUACUACUAAGAAUUACUGCCUAAACCCUUUUUAUGGAUUUAAUACAAGUGUAUUUUGUCUUGUAACUUACAUUUUUAUCAGUUUUAAGUGUAAAAAAAAAAAGGUUUUUAGUUUUUAAUAUUUAAAAUAUAAUGUAUUUUGCAUCUCAAAUGAAUCAAUCUUGUUUACAGCAUAUAUAUUGUAACAGGUAAAUUAGACAAAAACAUAUUUAGAAUAGGAUUUGCCUUCCAUGGCAUCUCACUGCUCUGAAAUCCUGCUGAUGACCCAUGUCUUACGCAUCUCUCCUGGUUAGGACAUGUGCAAAUCAUUAAGUUAAGUGUUUCGUGACCUGCUCUUUUUAACACAAAUAAAAGCUUGUCAUGUCAACCACACCAACACCGUAACGUAACCUCAUGUUUCAUGUACCUGUAAUGAUAUUUUAUAAACAUAACAAGCAUCCAAGACACACCUUGUGGGAAAAGUGGUGUAUAUUUUCAUAUUAAGAAUGUGCCAGAAAAUUGUCUUUCAGUGUUUUGGCCCGUAUAGCCUAAGAGCACUGGUAAAGCAUGAUAUCAUAAUGGAGAAAGGGUGAUUUGUGUGCUAAUGAGAGUGUAUAAUUAUGUUUGGAAGUCUCUCUAAUGACUGGGCAGGGUUAUGUAUAGAAUGUUUUUAACAGGCAGGUCGUGCGAAGAAAGCCUGUGAUGCAUGGAUAUGGAUACAUAUGUCAUGUAUAAACAGUUUAACGGCAUUUAGAAUGUGUUUUAAAGCAGUUUGUCAUCCUUGUGCCCUCUGUAAACAGCAGAAUAAUUUUUUAUUUUGUUUUGACUGAGUUUUAGAAACACAAUCUUUAACUUUGUCAAUGCAGCAUGUCUGAAUUUAAUAAACUCUAAUUGGAUUUUGUUAAAUGUGCACUUGGUGUUGUGAAAUGUAUUUCUAAACAGAUUAAAAAGACUGUUGGUACAGAA